AGCAGCGAAAGAAGCGGCUUUGUCGACUCCCUUUUGCUCCUCCUCUCCCUCUCUUGCUGUCCCGCAGCCUCUCCCGCUCUCCCUUUCCCGCUGUCCCCUCCUCUCCCAGUCUCCCUCUCCCCUGCCGGGCCGAGCCAUGCCCAUGACCCGCCCCCGGCCCUGGGCGGGGCUGUCCCGUCCCCGUCCCCGGCCGUCCCGCCGCGGUCUCGCCCCCGCCCGGCUCUGGCCGUGCUGGCGCUGGCGCUGCUGGGCGGGCAUCAGUGCCUGGGGCUGGGGCGGCAUCGCCGCCCUUUGGCUCCGCCUGGCCCGAGCCCGGCCCCGGCCCCGACGUGGGCUCCAGUCCCGGCCCCGGCCCCGGCUCCUCCCGGGCCCCGCGGAGGACACAGGCGGCGCGGCCGCUGCCGCCGCCUCCGCUGCGGCUUCCCCGGCCCGAGCUCCGCCGCUCGGCAGCGCGGCCGCCGGCCCCGAGCCGCCGCUGUCCCGUUGCCAGCAGAGAACGCCUGGGGAUGGCCGGCCCGGGGCGCUCGGGGGGCGCUCGGGGGCCGCUCCUGGCCCCGGGCCGAGCGCUGACAGCCGCGUCCCGCCCGCAGGGAAGGCGCAGGAGGCCCUGCAGGAGCGGUACCGGCUGGGUUCGCUGCUGGGCAGCGGCGGCUUCGGCAGCGUCUUCGCGGCCACGCGGCUCUCGGACGGCGCCCCGGUGGCCAUCAAAAGGGUGCCGUGGGAUCGCAUCCGGCACUGGGGCGAGCUGCCCGACGGCACCAGCGCACCCCUGGAGAUCGUGCUGCUGGCCAAGGUGGCCUCUGGCUGCGCUGGUGUCAUUCAGCUCCUGGAGUGGCUCGAGCUCCCCGACAGCUUCUUGCUGGUGCUGGAGCGCCCGGAGCGGUGCCAGGACCUGUCGGGUUUCCUGGCGGAGCGGAGGUUCCUGCCGGAGGAGGAGGCGCGGGGGCUGUUCCGCCAGGUGCUGGAGGCCGUGCGGCACUGCACCAGCUGCGGGGUCCUGCACAGGGACAUCAAGCCCCAGAACAUCCUGCUCGACCUGGCCACCGGGCGGGUGAAACUGAUCGACUUUGGCUGUGGCGCCUUCCUCCAAGACACAGCCUAAACCCAGUUUGCAGGAACCCUGUCCUACAGCCCACCAGAGUGGAUCCACCACCGACGCUACCACGGCGAGGCAGCGACCAUCUGGUCCCUGGGCCUCCUGCUGUGCCACCUGGUCAUGGGCAAGCACCCGUUCAGGAGGGGCCAGGAGAUCAUCUGGGGGCGGAUCUUGUUCCCACGACGGCUCUCUCAAGAGUGCCAGGAUGUCAUUAAGAGGUGUUUGUCCAUGCAGCCCUUGGACAGGCCGUCCUUAGAAGAGCUUUUCCACGAUCCUUGGGUGCGGGGUGUUCCUCUGCCCUAGAGGAUGGGUGAGAUCCAGGUGCACAGUUGGAUCCAGGGGCCUGGCAGCUGGGCCCUGGGCAGAACCCUGACAGCCUGGUCUGGCCCCAGGGAAGGAGAAGGAGCCCCUGGAGAAGCUGCACCAGGUGGGGCUGCUGCUGCUGGAGACACCAAGGACAACCUCAAGGAUGACAAUCUCUUCCUCGGCCUGGCCAGCUGAAGAUGAUGGACUUGGAUUCUGGCACCUUCUCCAAAGCCAGGCUCCACAGGGAAUUUGCAGAUGAGUCCACAUGCAGGGGGAUGCUCCCAGAUUUGGGCAUUGCUCAGCCUGGCCGGGAACCAAAGGUUCCCCCUUUGCUGGGGCGGAUGCAGCUGAUCCUUCAGUCGGC